AUGCCUCUCUAUUUGCCCCUCCUUCUCGCUGGGCUGCUCGUCCGAAGAACACCGCCUCCGCGCUGCGGCCAGCCUCUCGCGUGUGCCUCCGAGCCGGUCUCGCAAGGCCGGACGCAGGCAGCGGUUGACGUGAGCAGCGCCAACUCCACCUACUCCAACCUCUGCCGGAUGUGUGGUGUCUCGACGCAGCAGGAUGCCGAGAUGGACGUGGACGGCUUCGUACUCGCCUUUGAACAGCUCUUCUGCAACGGCGCUGCGCUCGCUCCGGAACUUGCGGACGAGCUUUGCGCCGCCGUCAGCGCUGCUGAUGGCGAGGACGUGAGCCGCGCGGGCUGGGCGGCGUUCCACGCGCGGUGGCAGGAGGCGAGCUCGGCUGCAGCGCACCUCGCGGCGAUGACUGCGUCGCGGCGCGAGGCGGCGGCGCUGGCUGAGAAGGAGGCGCGGCUCGCCGAGGCGGUGGAGCGCGAGAGGGCGUGGGUGGAGAAGCAGGAGGAGUACAUCCUGGCGCUCGCCGAGGCGAAGAAGGCGGCCAAGGAGGCGGCGGCCAAGGCGGCCGAGAGCGCGCGGCCAAAGCUGAUGGCCGACCUGGCGAGGCGGCCGGGCAACUGGUUUGAGCAGAGGGAGGGCGCGGCGCAGGUGGCGGCUGCGUACCGCUCGCUCGACCCGGAGGCGUGGGAAGAGGUGACACGGUCGGUGGGCGGGCUCGGCGAGACGCUGGAGACGAUCCGGAGGCGCAUCUGGGUGCCUCUCUGCGCGCCUCGCUACCUGCUCGACGAGCUCGGCGCCGAGCGGGUCAAGGGGCUGCUCGCGCACGGGCUCUCUCGCCGGCCCGCCACGCUGGUGAGCGGGCCCGAAAUCAUGGACAAGUACGUCGGCAACUCGGAGGCGCAGCUGCGAGACCUCUUCCUCAAGGCAGCGGCAGCGCCGAACGUGCCCGCGCGGCCCGGAGACGCCGAGGACGUCAUGAUCGCAGCCGAGGACAACGAGCUCCACGUCAUCGUUCUGGACGAGUUCGACGCGAUCGCCCGCCGCCGCUCCGAGGACAGCGGCUCCUCCGAGGGGGGCGCGGCGCGCGACUCGGUGGUCAACCAGCUGCUCGCGCUGAUGGACGGCGUCGCGGGGCUGCCCGUACCCACCUUCGUCGUCGCCCUCACCAACCGGCGCGAGCUCGUCGACCCCGCGGUGCUGCGGCCGGGCCGCCUCGAGGUGCAGGUCGAGUGCGGCAUGCCCGAGGCCACGGGCCGGGCAGCCAUCCUCCGCAUCCACCUCGAGCGGAUGCGAGACUCCGGCCGCCUCGCCCUCGACGGCGGCGCGGCGGCCGGCGGCGAGUGCACGCUCGAGCGCGUCGACGAGCGCGCAUUCGGCGCGUGGGUGGACGGCCUCGCCGCGCAGACGGAAGGCUUCUCCGGCGCCGCAAUCUCCGGGCUGGUGCGCGCCGCCGUCGCGCGCGCACUCGACCGCGCCGUCUCGCUCGCCGACACCGCCGGCUGCCGCGUCACCGGCGCGGACUUUGGCGCCGCCAUCGCCGACCUCCGCAGCUCGUCGCUCGAGCUGGAGCAGGCGGGGACCGCGGAGGGGGGGGCGGCCGACGCGGACCCCGAUGCCGCGGGGCGGCGGCAGCAGCAGCAGCAGCAGCAGCAGCAGCAGCAGCAGCAGCAGCAGCAGCAGCAGCAGCAGGCCGUGCAGGCCGUGCGAGGAUCAUGA